UUGCCAAUUAUCGGGCAGUUAUGCGUAGUGUUGACGUCUAUUGUAGCUGUGCUUACUGGACUGGCCUUCUUCAAAUUCUAUGACAGCUUCAUCACAGUCCCUGAACUUCCUAACUUCGAGUUGGAUAAGUGGUGGGGACCAAACACCACUAAGCCGCUCGAUACUUCAAUAAGACCUUAUAGAGUUGUAUUCACGGACGCUAUGCAAGAAAAUCUCCGAGUAUUGUUCGAUCACUACCGCGGCAGGCGUAGAGUGAAAAGCCUGAAUGAAUCCUGGAGCUAUGGCGUUCACAGCGAUGCGUUAGGACAAGUUUUUGCGCACUGGCAGUUUAAGUACCCUUUUAGGGAACGUGUGAGAUACCUAAAUAAGUUCAACCAUUUCAAAACAAAUAUUCAAGGAUUGGAUAUUCACUUCGUGCAUGUUAAGCCAAAAGUUGAUAAAAAUGUAAAGGUUCUACCAAUAAUUCUUCUACAUGGAUGGCCAAGCUCUUUCAGAGACUUUUUCGAAGUAAUACCGAUUCUGACUACACCGAGACCGGGAUAUGAUUUUGUGUUUGAAGUAAUAGUUCCCAGCUUGCCUGGAUUUGUUUACUCGCAGGCAACAACGAAAAGAGGAAUGACGACUUAUGAAAUAGCCAUAAUAAUGAGGAAUCUGAUGCGAAGGAUCGGUCAUAAUAAAUAUUACAUCCAAGGUGGAGAUUUCGGUCAUUCUAUUGGCUCACACAUGGCAACGUUAUUUUCAAAUGAAGUUCUUGGUUUCCACACAAACUUUCCAGUUAAUUUUUCGAAGUUGGCGCAGUUAAUUUGGGUAUUUGGAUCCAUUUGGCCAACGAUAAUUGGUGGAGAGCAUUCUGAUAGAAUGUAUCCUCUUAGUGAGAAGUUAAGUUAUUUAAUAGAAGAGUCUGGAUACAUGCAUUUGCAGGGCACGAAACCUGAUACAAUAGGUUACGCUCUUCAAAAUUCGCCUGUUGGAAUGGCUGCUUACAUGCUCGAUAGAUAUAUGAUGUUCACAAAUUCCUCCAACAAGGAUACUGUAGCCGGUGGCUUAGAAAGCAUAUCAGUAACAGAUCUUCUUGAUAAUGUAAUGCUGUAUUGGAUUACUGACAGUAUGACAACAUCUUUAAGACUAUAUAAGGAAAGCUUUGUAAAUUAUGAAACUGAACAGAUACUUGGAAGAAUUCCAACUACAGUACCAACAUGGGGUCUUCGAAUGAAAUACGAGUUAGUACAUCAACCUAAUUGGAUUUUAAAAUGGAAAUAUCCCGCGUUGCUUGGCACCACUACCCUGGACGUUGGCGGACAUUUUGCCGCUUUAGAAAGACCACGAGAACUGGCCGAUGAUAUAUUCAAGGCUAUUAAAAAUUUUCUGGAACAUUAA